GUCUAAGUGACGAUUCACUAGAAUAAUUACUCUACCGCAAAACGCGCAGCCUGUAGGUAAGAGGAAAAAAAAAUGACUCACCAAGGUUUGAAAUAACACAGAAUUUUCGCGAUAAAGCGCUCCACACUGGGAACUUUGAAGGCUCCUAUGGGAUAAUCUUGCGUUAUGGCUGAAUUAGAGGAUGUGAUUCCCCGUGACUUGUUCGGUGCGGUAGACUUAGAUGGAAGCGGGUACAUCGACCGAGAGGAAUUAGCCGCAGUCUGCGAUUUGGACGCUCACGAUUUGGCGGAAGUUUUUGAUAGGCUUGAUGCAGACAAGGAUGGAAGAAUAAGCAUCGAGGAAUUCUCAGAAAAUUUUAAAAAGUUCAAGUCUGUGGUGACGGGCGUAAAAAGGAGAAAAUCUGAGCGAUCUUCAUCAGUUGAUGUUGACUACGAGGACCUAACAGACCGACUGGGACAGCAGUUUAGUCUACUAAGUGGGUAAGUGAAUUCUUUAUAGAAAAUCGUGAGGAAGCUUGCCUAGGCCUGAGAAGGAAAAGUUACGUUGACUUACGUUAUUGCCAGAAAGAAAUAUAUACACCCAGAAAUCAACCCGCUACUCACGCAUGAUUGAUUUUUUUAAUUUCACCGACUGUAUUUCUGUAAUACCCCGUUAAAACUCGCUAAUUACGUAUAGUAUCAGUACAAAUCGUUUGCUUUUACCAUCAAGCCACGCUUCGAAUAACAGUGACAACUCUUCGACAAUAUCUACGUGAAGUUUUUGAUUCGACUCGCGUGCGAACACAAUCAUUAGUCGUGCAUCCACUUGAGACCUUAAAAAGCAACUUGAGUAAUUUUCAUGGAGAUAUCCAGUUCUCAAGGCGGGGUAAAACACCCGACUCGCUAAUUCUUUUGAAAAAUCGACAAGAACUCAUGAAGGAUGCAGCUUAAUACUAGAAUAAAAUUGAGCAAUUUAUAUACGAUUCAUCUAUGAUAUUGCUAGUUUAUCUGGCGCUGAACAGCAAAACAGUCUCAAUUACAAAAUUACUGGCAUUUGCGUGAUUUUGCCCGCAAGGACAGUAGUCCUUCUCUGUUCUUUUACACCAAAAUGAACCACACUCUGCAUGCAGGUGAGUUUUACGGCAUUUAUCACAACCUUUUUAACCCAUGCGUGAGGUACUUGAAUUCUAAUUUGCAGAAUGUAUCAAGUCUAGAUAAGUUAACUUGUUUUUAUAUUGUUAGUAAAAGUCAAAUCAGGUCGUAUAUAACAUGGAAUGUCACAAACGAAUAUCAACUGAAUUUGUUAACAACAUUUUCGACAAAUUAUUUUCGACGAAACAAAUAUAACACUAUCGUUUUAAACGUCUGGCGCUGAUUCGCUUCUAAGUUGACUUUGUUGAUCCACACAAUUUAUUUCAUAAGUUUAGUUAAUCGUCACAGUGCCAGAGAGCAAGGGAUGUUUCCUAACAGAGAGUAUUUCAAUCUUUUUACAAAAUGAAUAACACGCACAAAUAACGAGUUUUAUGGCCCAAAAAUUGAUCACUAAAAUAUCAGCACGGGAUAUCACGUCCUAUAAAAUCAAAUUUUAGGACAGCAGAAGCCCCCAAAACAUCUAGGACUUCGCUUUAAUUAAAGAGGAGAAUCAAAACUACUUCUUUUAAAAAAGAGAAUUACAACGAAGCUUCAAGCCGCUCCGAAUCUUGAUCGCAAAUGGUACACCUAUCGUACAUUUUAGAAAAUAUGAAAGAUCUAAAAAUUGUAAAUUAUUUUUAGCCCUCACUUUAUCUCUGUCGAAUGUAUUUAUUAUUCAUACUCUCUCCCCCGAAAAAACAAACAUUAUUCAAAUGACAUUGGAUAAAUUUCACUCGGUUUCUGAAUUUCAUAUCAUUAGAAAAAUAUUCCUCUCUCUGUUGUUCUUUUCGUUUUUCGAAGCUUGACUUUCGAUGCUCGGGUUUCGUUUAAGCUAUCGUAAUAUCUAAGGCCAACCAACAAGUAAUAACUUCCCUUUCAAUCUCUUUCACUCCAUAUUAUUUGUUGAUCCAUUAGUAUGGAUGUUUUCCCAACAGUUUUGUAGCGUGGAAACAGAUUGAAAAAUUCAACUCGACUCGAAAGUCACCAAUGUUCCGGAUGUCUUCGCCGCUGGAAGAGAUCCCUCCAACUUCAUAUCUCCAUGAAAUUAUUCAAACCUGAACUCUUUCCAUUAAAAUUUUAAUAUAAAAAUCAAAUCGAUACUAAAGUCUGGUUUCUAAGAAAACGCUCUAUUUUGGAAAGAAUGCGAAAACCAAAAGGUGAUUUUUGAGCGCAGGUAGGAGGUAAGAAACCCGCAUGGAGCAGUGUUAGUUCAACAAAAUUUGUAUUUGCUAGUUAUAACCUAGACACCUUUUUUUAGUAUACGCAAAAAGAAAAAAGAAAAACAAAAACGUUCGUUUUUCUUGAUACCUAACGUGUCCUUAACUCAUUUAUACCUCUUGGCCUAGCAUAAGUUGACAACUAGAACAAUGCACCUUCAAAUAAUCGGACACCUUUGGGUUAAAAUGCACCUUAAUCUGCAAUUUUUAUCGUCAAGGUCAUCCUGUUUCUCAACGACUACUUCAACUAACUAAGGCUCUAAAUUUCUCUCUUACAAAUUCUCUGCGAGAAGAUCUUUCUUCUGUCACCUUCAGUUUUAAAUUAAAAGGGAAAUUUCACUGGAUGGAUGCUCUUUUCAAAAAUAAACCGGCGGUCUAUAUGCAAAGGUGCUGAUUACAAAGUGUUGCACUAAUCAAAACCAGAGUCUUAAACAGAUAUACGCCAAACGAUCAAAGUGAAUUUAUCUUGCAGAUCCGAGCCAUUAUAAAGAUCAAAAUUUUCUCUUUCUCUUCAAAGAGACAAAUGAAAACAAAGUUCAUAAAGUGUCAAUUUUUCGAAUAAUAACAAGAAGGUACUCUUGAUGAAAAAAUUGAUGUGUAAUUGUCGCGCUGCAGCAUUUGCUUAAGCAAUAUUUUUACGGUUUUAUACGUUAUUUAGAAUAGCGUCACUUCAAAAUUUAUACUCUAAGUUAAAAGGAAAUUCUGGCAAAAUAGAUUCAAAAAAAAAAAAAAGGAAUUGUAUCAGUGUAGCUCUAGAGUCUUGAAUUCAAUAAUUUAUCUUAGCAGGUGCCAACUACUUAACGAACACAAAUGACACAAGGCCGCCAAUAAGCAAAUACGCAAUUAAAAAAAGGCAAAGUUAGUUUGUUUUCUAUAAAAAAAAACGUCGAGAACGGACAGUUUUUGAGUUGCACAUCAGGCAGCUGGUUGCUGGGAGUUUUAACUCACGAAAAGUAAUCAUUCUUUUCUCGCCAUAAAAUCAGUUUAUAUUUUAUAUUACGAAACACCCACUCGCACAAGAGACAAUCGAUGGCUUUUCAUCUAUAAUCAGCAGCAAUGUCUUCACCGUUUUACACCCCAACAUCAGUAUCCAUCUUCUCCAUACUUUUCUCUACACAUUUCCUUUGGUUCUAACAAGGAGAAUUCGUUCAUCAAUCAAAGCAUCUUUGAUUGGUGAUCAUUUUUUUUCAACUCGUGAUCUUAAUGAAUGAUUCAGCUGUAUUACAGUAGGGAGAAAUUAGAUGCUGGUCACUCUUAAAGUUUAAAGGCUUCAAAGAUGUGUGCUCUUAGUGCGAAUGAUAAGUUAGAAUGACUGAAAUUUCUCUCCCCGUGAAAAAGUUGUUUAAAAUAAAAAAAUUUCACGCUUAUUCAUUUUGGAAUCCGAUAUAGACGUGCCACUGGUGAUGUCGCAACAGAAUUAGACUUUCGUUCAAAAUCACAUGUUUUCUUCGCGAUUAAUACACGAUUGAUUAGCCUGACUCCUACCUUGUCAGACAAAAAAAUUCAACGUUCAUUUCUCAAUAAAUAUUUUGCUUACUUUGUGCAAUUAGGCAGCUCCAAUAAUUGUUUUCUUAUGUUUGAAAUAAUUCAACAAAGGAACCCAAAUUACCAAUCAAGCUUCCGUCUCCCUCAGGAACAUGUGACCUGUUGAAAAGUGAAGGUCAGUAAUUCUACUGAAGGAGUUAUUAAGUGCGUUAUAACAUACAUGAAAAAAUUACGCGCGACUGACUGGCUGAAAGCGAGUGUAUUUUCAUGUAAAACGCGUGCAAAGUUGUAAAAAGAGUGCAAAGUUGUAACACAAGUGCAAAUUACAAAUAGUGCGCGCUGCAAAAAUUUCGUUCGUCUUGACUUUCCGUGAUGAGUUUCUUAUGUAAAUUAUUAACAAGUAAAAAUAUGAUUUCUGGUGCAAUUUGGUGUAGGUAAGCAGUUGGAAAUUUUUCAAAGACUACAAAUUGCACUUGCCCUAUAGGCUCGUGCAGUUUUGUUGUCCUUGAAAAAUUUACUCGUGCUUAUAAACCCUUUUCACCCUGAGAUCAGUAUGCAUUUUCUCUAUACUGAUAUCUAUACAUUUACUACUGAUACCGACAAGGAGCAUUUGUCUAACAAUCAAGAGCUUCUUGGGUGGGUGGUCAUUUCCUAUAUUCUCAUAACCUUACUGCUUGAUUCAGUGGUGAUAAAGCAGAGAGAAAUUAGCCACUGGUCACUCUCAGGGGUUAAAGGGUUAACACCAAAUUGUACUCGAAAUCAUGUUAUUACCUGUACUAAUUACCACUGAUCCGGAAUAGACUUCCCUGUUACAGAUUGAAUUGACAAAGAAAACUGAGGCACUGUCUUUAGUAUAAAACGAGCUAAGUGAACUUUGAGGGAAAUCCUUUAUUUAAAAAUCAAAACGCCUUUCACUAUACAUGAACAGGACACGAAAUGAUGCAACUGAAGUCUUAACCUGGAACUACACAAUGAAUUAUCAGAACAGACCAAAAACAUUUCAAGAGCUUAAAUACCAAUAACUUUUUCCACUUUCUACUACCAUGGAACGUUUCCAUUCGCAAUUCUCAAAAUACUGAAGAGAGGUCAUGACUUCUCUCUACAAAAACAUUCUGACCCUGGAGACCAGAAGAGAAUUCUUGACUUUCUAUUAUCUAUUCACUCACAUUCUUCAGCCAGUUGAUCAACAUUGAUGAGAGGAUGUAACAUAUGAAAUAAUAUCUCCCCACACGUUUUAACUUGAUUAAGGCCAAAUUUAGUUUCGUACCGAAAACACUUAACGGAAUAUAUAGUUCGUGAUUGGCAAGUUUAAAAUACAUUCUCAAUUACUAUUUUAAGACCAGAAAAAAAAAUCAUCAACCUUCCAAAGCAUGAUCUCACAGUUAAAUGGACACACACAUGUAGAGCGUACAGUCACAUUCAACUUCUUUUAGCGUAAUCGUAACUGGAAAAUGUUCUCUACUGCUUAUCAAAGAGCGAAUGUAACUGUACCUGGGCUGAUAUAAGAGCUAUUUCUUUUUCACUACGGGAUUUUUUGACUCGGAAAAUAAUUUAGGUUCUCUGGACUUGGUUAGCAUUAGCCAGUUACGAAUUCCAUAACAGGUGUACUCUGUAAAAAACCGAUAUUGCGAGAGAGGUAAAUAGCUAUUUUUAUUGUUAUCCGAUGAUUAUUUUCAUCCUAGCGUUACGCAACAUUAGAAAAAACAAUUAAAGUCGAAUAGUCCCACAGGUAUUAACUACCUUGGAGGACUAUUCAGCUAAUCCCGCCACAGCCCGCCAAAAAUUGCUCAGCUGAUCGGUCAAGUCUUCUAUAAUAAUAUAUUGUGAUAUUUUUUCUAUUGAGAUGAAACCAUCAAGUACAGAUGAGAAACUCAUUAGAAACAUCGUCUUAAGAAAUAUUUCUCCCACAGAAUGCGGAAACUGCGUCUGAACUAGAGUGUUAUUACGUAAAUUUACCAAUUAACCUCGUAAUUUUUUAGCAAGAUUUUGAAUGGUUGACUUCAAUAAGUCAAUAUCGAUAAUUGUUAUAAUGUAUUAAUUUCUGCGAUCAUUCAAACUUAUUCUGACAGCUAUUUAGCGCAUCACUACAUCAGUAAUCAAUUUGUAUCUUCGGCAUGACAGAAUUUGCCGGUAACUUUCUGUCGACAUUAACAAACAUUCAACUUUACGGAUGAUUUGUUCGGACACAAUACGUGGCUUAUAGAAAUCUGCCGCUAAAUCGGCACAAAAGCUCACGGCUAAGUUCGUGGUGGAUUGAAAAGCAACCGAUUUUGUCGACUAAACAGUUCCAUUAUCGCUGUAACCUGACGUAAUUUGCCACAUGUGAGGUUAGCCUGUUGUGGGUGUUCAUUGACGUUCACGUACCCAAGGAUCCUUGACCCUCGGAACAAUACAUGCAACGAAGUCAUAUUCAUAAUUGCUUUGUCUGUGCUUCAGUAAUUAACCACCAACCUGUUGCAUUUGAAUUCUUAUGCAAAACUAUCUACGCAUCAUAUUAGGGGAAAAAAAAUUUUAUUCACGACGCUUUUAGCCAAAUGCGACCAACUCAAAUCUUACAGUUUUAUUCAAGAUUUUUUUUUUAACAAUGAAGUAAAAUGGAUUCAGAAGUGACUGACGAUAUUGAGCACACAGUCAAGGACAUUUUUAGAUCUUGGGACUUAAACAAAAAUGGCUUCAUCGAGAAGUCUGAACUAGCAUGUUGUUGUGCGGAGUUGAAUUUGACAAAACAAGAAAUUGAGGACUUGUUCAAUGAGCUUGAUGCCGACAAAGACAACAAGAUAAGUUUACUAGAUUUUUCCAAAGGCUUCAAACGUGUGUGCUCGUUGUUCGAGGCGGACGUUGAGGAACUUUCCACCGCGGAGAAAGAAAGAAAAAAGUUCGACAAACUGCUGGACGCCCUGGGAGUCAGGGAGCUCUUGUCAGGGUAAAUAUUGGUUAUUGCCUUCUUGAUUGGUUUUCUAAACGAUUUAUCAGUAAAAGUAACAUUUUAACCGUUUCAAAGUCUUACUGGUGCUUUGACAAAGCAGUGUUCGUUCGGGGACCAUAAAUGGGGAAGCGUUCGAAUGUCUGGAUAAUUUAAUGUAGCUCGCAAUCAAAACAUGUCUCAAUAGUUAAUUUUUAACUUAAAACUACUGCUCAUUUGCUUCCUUGUUUUCGAAGCAUGGUCGACUUUACACUUGAAGUGCGUAAAAUUUUCGAUAGAUCUUGUUUACUAUGGAAGAAAUCCAACUGAUGUUUGAGCAAUCACUAAUGAGGUAAAUUAAGUCACGUUUGUUGUUAACAAACUCGAUCUUGUUGCUAUCAAAAAUAUUCCAAAGUCACCAUCGAUUCCAAUUCUCGUGAAAGUAACCAUAUGGUUUAUAUACUUUAUAACCACGGUCAAAAAUCCGUGAAUAUUGGGAGGUAGAUUAAGAUUUCUGUACAUUAGUUGGAAUAUUGAGUUUUAAACUGAUAUUCUUGAAGCAUUCAAAAUAAUUUGCGCGAAGUUAAGCAUGAGAGAACACGAUUAGUAUUGGUAUUAGUAUGCGACUCCGUGCAAUGUAGCUCGGUAAGAAGAUUGGGUUCUAGAAUUUCCAAUACGUUGGUGAGGAUUUCGCUCAACAACAGGUAAUCACAAGACUAUAUGAACAAUGUAUUUACCAAUAUUGAGGCUCGAAAGCCUUUCUAACACUGCGCUAAUAGUGCUGAUAAUAGCUUGCGGUAGCUGUAUGGAUCCUUCAUGGCUAGCUUUAAUUUGGCGGCGAUCCGACUAAUUAUAUAAUCUGUUUUUAAUAGUUUUAUGGUGAACACAGCGUGCUUUAUAUAAAGUCAACAAAUUCUUAUCUACAACGUUGCGAUCAUAGAAGACUUCAAGUCUGUGGCAGUAGUUAUUUACAAAGUUGUUAGUUACAACCUGCAUCGCACAAUUAUUCCAUCGAGGAAUUUAUUAUGUUGCGUACCUCAAGAGCAGUUACAAGAUAGAUUCCUAUCAUCCGAAGAUGACAUUCUAUAUAACUUUGAAAAUCAUUUGAAAAAUAUAUAUUAUAUAUACAUAUAGAAUUUCACUCACGUAGCCUUAUUGUGAAGUAAGAGUCCACUGAUUACUGUAGCAGGUCGCUUUCUGGCUGCUUUGACGCCAUUUUGCCAUUUAUUAUUUGUAUAAGCUGCUGACCAUCUGUGGACACCUCACUGAUCUUGGAAAGAAAAGUCAGUCGCUAAUAGACUGAGGUUUAACCCUUUAACUCCCAAGAUCUGAUUGUUAAUUCUCCCCUGUGACUGCUACGUAUUUCCUUGUAUACUAGCUACCAGAAUUUGGUGUUAGAUCAAGAUAACUUCUACCUGAUAAGUUUGAGUAUUCUCAUUGCCAGUUUGCUGGAUAUUGUGUGAACAUUUUAGGGAGAAGUUGCAUGGUGAUCACUUCUUGGAGUUAAAAGGUUAAAUAAACCUGAAAGUCCAUUGAACUCAGUUCUGGAUUUGAGAAUAAUGUCAUCAUAAUAUUUUUAAAUUAGGGUGUUUUUGUUUCAUAUUCCCAAAAAGAACAAUCGUACUUAUGUUCUACUGGAGGACAGUCACUUUGGUGAUGUUACCACUGACAAAAUUUUGCCUUUUUUCACACAAAACAAGUAGAUUCCUCUAUGAUCUAUCACUGAACAGAUGUGCAGCAACAUGGAAUCUAUUUUUUUAAACUGAUCAAUCCUCCUUUUCCCUGACCCCACUACAUGGAAGAAAUGUUUGUAUGUAUAUCAUUGUAUAAAGAGGUUUACCUGAACCUGGUGAUUACAAUGCUGAGAAAAAAAUAGAUUAAUAUUGAAGGGAAUUAAUCAUAUAUGAUUUUUCAGCCAAAGACAAAAAUGCACUAGUCUUUGUCAUGGUGUAAUAACUUGUUUUAUUUUUUUCUCUAGCCAAGAGUAUGUGUCUGAUUUGUUCCACUACCUGCAUAAUUCAAGUGAAUCACCACAGCUCAUAGCUUUGCUGGAAAGUUUUCUGUUCAGUGUUGUUAGAGAUGUCAAACAUUAUUCCUCAGAGAAUCAACGGCUGGAAGAGGCCCUCAAGAGGUACAGCAGAUUGUAGUUAGUAGUAAAUUUUCUUUUGCUUUUGGCCUCAAGGUUCACAAAUCCAUUUUAGUGUGAAAAUUAUAAAAGCAGGUUUUGGCAUUGGGACUUGAGAGUUGUGCUUUCUCCAAGUUUCCUGUUUUGCCUUGUUAUUUUGCUUUUUUUAAAUUUUAUCUUUUUACCACAAACAUUGGCGAACUUAAAUGCCAGCUACUGUAUUUUAAAUGCAGCCAUGCACUUUCCCUUGUUGAAUGGAAAUGGCACCAGCUUGAUAGAAUGAUGAAGAUCACUUAGGAUGUCAAAUUUAUUUAAUGUCACGCUCUAAUCCAUCAAGUAGUGAAGUCUAUGCUUGACUUUGUAGGACAUGUGAAAAACACUCAGAACAUAUGGACCAACUUGAUAAUGAGCUUGAACAACAGAUGCAAAGACUGGAGUCCCGCAUCAGAAAGGAGGUUAGCAAAAAAUUAAUUAAUAUACACAUUAGAUAAUUAUCCACUAGUGUAACUGAUUGUACCAAUUCAUUGAUUCGCAAGAAUGACAAAUAUCAAUAUUUUUUUUGGUUCUUUAUUAUAAUACAUAACUAGAUUAAGUAAAGUGUUCCAGUGGCCAGAAAACUUUUGCCAGAAAUAAUUCUGUUUUAAACCUAGUUACCAAUAAUCAACUGUGAAUAUAUGAAAGUCAUAUAUUUGAACUGUGGAUAAAGACGUGAAUAUGAAAGCAAUCUUCACAGUAAUGAAUGCUACUUGAGCAGUAGUGAAAAUGGGUUACCUUAUUUUCACUACUGCCUGAGUAGUGUUCAUUACUCCAAAGAUCGCUUUCAUAUUCACAUCUGGUUACCAAUAAUUAGUCACUAACGGUUAGGGAAUUUAGGUUUGGUUAAACUAUUCCCUGUAUUUUCUAUCCUCAGCUGAUAAUUAAACUUUGCCAAUCAGUUUUUAAAUUAUCUUGCAGGAAAAAAGCAAACAAGAGAGGUCCAACCUGGAUAUUGUCUGGCAACUGGAAAAUAAAAAUAAAGAGAUACAAACUUUAACAGCCAGAGUACAAAAGGUACAAAAAUAAUGAUUGCCAACUGGUUUAUCCGAUAAUUUAAUGCAGUAGUGUGCAUUGAAAAUUUGAUAUAAUUGAAAAGUUCAUAUAAAUUUGUUUUCAUAAGCUAACCCCAAGUUUGAUUUAUUUACAGCUUGAAGGAAAGCUGAAGAAAAAGGAACCUGAGGAGCAAAAGAUCAAGGAGGAAGUAGAUGAUAAAGUUCAAGUAAUGAUAAUAGUUACUUCAGAUUGUUAAAUUCUAAAUUUUUUUUGAAACCUCCAAUAGAUUCCAAUAUGUUUGAACACAUUUGAAUGUUUCACACAUGAAUAGGGUAAAAGAGUGUUUAGCAAAUUUACAAUUAUAUUUAUAUUUUGAAUUGCAUUCUUUUAUUUUAAAACAACAACAACAACAACAACAACAAAAAACAGUGAAAACGUUUUGACUAUGUUGGCACUUUUUUCUUGUGUGAGCUUCUUAAAAACCAACAAAUGGUGUACAAUGAAACCAUUUUAGUCACCAUUAAAAUGUUAGUAUGAAUGGGGUACCAGAAAAGUUUGUGUGAAUAUUAAAAAGACCAUUUAUUUAUUAUUCAGGAAAUAAGGUUCCUGCGAAGUCAGUUAACAGAUGCUCAGACUAACUUAGCUAUCCUGCGAAGUGAACUUGCCCAGCUAAGAAAUGAUUAUGAAGAACAGGAAUCACAGCUUACUGCGUAAGUUAUGGAAACUAAUAAAAGGCUGCAGAAACUGGUACAACAUCAGGAUUGUCAAAAGUAACUGGUGACUGCCAAAAAUCUUCCAAAAUUCCUUUUUGCUUUGUUUAGUUGGCCAUUCUGCAAGGCUGUUCCUCUGAUUUUUUAAUAAGAUAAAUAAUUUGUCACCUCUAGUAGUACAUGUACAUGUGAAGCCACCCACCUCUGUCAAAACCUUUACACAAUUCUUGGAAGUAGUCUUGUCUGCUGAGUGUGUAAACAAUGUGUUUUCAUUUUCUCAAAAGUCAACAGUAACCUCAUAGAAGUUUUAACAUGGGGCUAUUUGUUGUAGUUUGAUUGAAGUAUUGCUUGAUUUUGCCAGGGAGAAGAGAACUGUGAUGGAAUGUGUACAAGAACAAGAAAGUUUGACAAGGCAGCUUCAGUUAUUACAGUAAGUUAAUUUGUCCAUUAGCUGUGGUGCCCACUAAAUAAAUCAUGUCAAGUUAUCGGAGGGUAAAAUAAAAUGAAUAACCAGAAUAAAUUUGAAAGAAGAUUUUCUUACAACCUUAUAAGGGCAUAGUGAAUUGUUUAACUAAACAGUUAUACAAUUUUCAACCAAGAAUAUUGCUUUAAGUGGUUUAGAUUGAAUGUGGACACUUUUAUUUUUAUGAAGAAUGUAAUCAAACCAAUUUUCCUUUUAUUCCUGCAGUGAGGCAAACAAAAAACUUCAUGAUACAAAUGAUGACUUGCGGGCAGCUUUGGAGGUAUUUUUUUUAAUUUUGGAUAAUUAAACCAUUGGUUGAAACUAUUUAUUAAAAAGGUUCUUAUUAUUAACAACUAUUAAAAAUGUACUAAUGAGCAAACCUGAAACUAUUUGAGGUUCCAAAGAUUGUAUGGUCGGUAGGGAUCAAUGUGAGAAUCUGUGCAACUGCCCACCUACCCCUCCCCCAACCUAACAUUGGCUCUAACUCAUCAUCAGUUGACUCCUGCUGGUUUAGGGGAGGGGUGGGUGAUUAGUUGCUCAGGGAUUGACUUUCAUGCAAAUGUAGCUGUAAUCUGUAUGAUGAUUGUGUCUCAGAAUGAAUAUUCUUUCCUUCCUCAAUUUACUCACCUUCAUAAGUUUAUUGAACUUUCAGGCUGCUUACCAAAUGUAAUGUUUGGAUUUUGUUAUGUAUUCAUCAAAAAUUUGUUGUCAACAUACCCUAUACAUUUUGCACCUUUGUUAGAAUCGUUAUUCUCAUCUCCUUUCUUUGUUUGUCUUCUACAGGCUAGAAAAAAUAGCGACAAAAGAAGCCCAUCACCAAGCAAGAGGCAUUCAAUAUCAACAUUGUACUCUCCUACAUCAAGCACAACAUGGAAAAACAACAAAUCACCCAGUCACAGGUAAUGACAAACUCAUGUGUUAAUGGAAGAUACCUGGUUUGUUGAAUGUGUAAUUUUAAGCCUAAAUGACUGUAUUCUGUAGACACUGUCUGUGGGGGAUUGGCAAUAAUUAGUCAGAAUCUUUGAUCUUUUUUAAAAGAUAACAUUAAAUACUUUUUCACACUAUUCAGCUCUCUGUUAAGAGGUUUUCUGUUUUACUUACCUACAUUCAGUCAAUAUCUGGGUCUUAAAUGAGGGUUUUUGAUUUUAAUGUGAACUUUUGGAAGUUUUUUUUGGCUCAAAAAUGAUUAUAACUCAAGAACAUGGCAAAAACCUACAAUAAGAUAAAUAUUAACCCCUCUUAAAAGGGUAUUUCUACACUUUAGGGACAUAUUUGGUAUAUAAGCUUCAGUUGCAAAAAAAAAUUUAGGUUUUGAUCAUAUUUAAAGCAGGUGUUCUUCAGGAUUUGCAGAGGACUUGGGAGCAGACAGUGUGGAUGGAAAAUCUGUGCAAAGUACUCCAUCACGAAAUGUAGCAUCAUCUUUACCUAACAGCAUCAGUAAUUCUCGGCGGGGAUCUGCUGCUUUGCUGCCCAGUCAGCAAAGCUGUGAGGUUGAUGAUGAUUCUCUUGCUGGUGAAAGCUCACUAAUGACUGAGUUAAUGCAGGUUCAGCAGCUCACAGUAAGUUGGAACAUAAUUAUAAUUAGCACAUGGAUGUUCUAUUUCCAGAUCUUUAUCUUGUACCUUUAAAUUGCCCAUUAUAAACUCAGACCUCAGGGAAACUGAGUUUGAACACAAGAAAAACUUUCUAAUUAUAAUAUUCCCUGAGUUAAAGCUAUUUAGGGAAGUAAAUUCUGAAUUAAUGGAAUGAUGCUUUGAUGUAGUCUAGGAAUGGCCAUGAUGAAUGGUUAAUAAAUAUUGUAAACACGUACAUUUACAAAAAAGAUACAGUCUAAAUAUUGAUGUUUCAGUGGGUAAACUUGAACACUGUGUGUAAAUUGCAUGUGGGUUGGUUAAUCAUUGAAUUUAGUUCAAGUUAUGAACUUAACUAUAAAACAGAAAGGUGAAGUACAACGUCCAUUAAAUUCAGGUAUAAGAAAAUGAAAAAACAUAAUAAGAGUUGUAUGAGUGAAUAAACCAAUGAAUCGUAAAUAAAUAGAUAAAUAGACUUAUAAAUAAAUGAAUGAGUAAGUGAAUUAAUCAAUAAAUGGCCAUUUGUUUAAACUUUACAUAAACGUAUAUAAAUAAAAGGCUCUGCAUUGACUUAUUAAGUAAGAGUUAAAUUCUGGUAAUUUAUAAACUUAUGGAAGGCGGAAAACUUGUAGGUUCCUGAAGAUAUCCUUGAAGAAGAAACGAAAUCCACACAGCAGUUAGACUAUAACAACAAUGCAGGCAUACUUAACAGCCGGGAAACCGGCCAGGUACAUCACUUGUUACCUCCUGCAAGGCAAUCAUGUGAAGUGGAUGAUCAUGUUUCAAUUGAAGACAAGACCUUGCUUGAUGACCCUGUCAUUUUGGGGUUUUGUUCUAUGGUAGGCAACAAAAACUACCUGUAAAUAUUAAAAAAUGAUAUAUACACAACCUGUGUAUUGACUGAACUACCAUACAAAGUCCAAAAGUCCAAAACAUGCAUCGGAGGUCACGUUAAGAUUGGCAACAUCAAAAAGAUUCUGUUUGAAAAAAAGAGAAAACAGAAAGAAGAAUGGAGAAUUCUUUGGCGCAUGGUUGUGUAUAUUCAGUAUAACAAAUUUAUUUUGAUAAAACAGCGACUACGUAAAUAUUAAAUUAAAUAUUAACCUAAGUUAAAUUUAAACUAAACAGGAUAAAACUCAUAAAACUACAGACAAUACACGCUUGACAUCAGACUUGGACAGUGAACAAUCUGACGUUCCUAAAGACACGGACAAACUACUGAGAAACAGAAAUAGCUCAAGGUUUGGGUCACGAUUUGGAAAGUACUUCGGGAAACUGUCCAAAAAUACCAGAAACAAGGAGAAUAGCAGACCAAGUGAGGACUUAAAGGAUAACUUUUUGAGGAAACGUGAUGCCAAAGAUAAUGUCCUAAAAAAAGAUGAUAAGUCUCUUGGACAGAGCGACUUAAAAGAUUCAUCACUGAAAAAGAGUGACACAAGAAAAGGGAAAAAUUAUUCAAAAAAAAGAGCUGAUAGCAGAGUGAGCAAACCACAGGAAAAACCUGUUUCAAUUGUAAAAGAAAGUAAAAAAGGACGAAAUGUUGUUGAUGCUCAAAGUAGAUUAAAGGCAACAGAACAUAACUCAGACUCUGAGGAUAAAACAGAGAAUGUUACACGAGGGACCAGGGAAAAUAGAAAUUCAAGUAAGGGCGGGGUGACUUACAACAGACUGCGGAGGAAUACUUCAGUUACUUUCUCACCAACUGUGACAUGCACAACCGACACUCCACGAAAAUCAAAGUCGAUCACAACAAAUAAGAAAAUGCCAGCAGCCCUUGAUCUCCGUUUACGACAUUUCGCUGCAAGCGAGACAUCUGAUACUGACAGUACAACAACACAAGACACAGAAACGGUAUGACACAUUGGAUUAAUGUCAAUAUCUUAGGAACUGCACACCAACCCCUCCCUUAACUCAACAAUAGUCAACUGAUAAGAAGUGAAGGUUAAUGUUGGGUUAGGGGAGGGGUAGGCGCGCAGUUGAUCAGAUACUGACUUUGAUCCGACACACAUAACUACUAACAAUAAUUGAAUUAAAAUGAAGUGACCCUUAAAAUACUAAGCGAUCACCUAUGAGAUUAGAAAUAAACCAUAAUGUUUGCUCUCGUUUGAUCCCCUGAAAGAGACGGGUGCUAUGGAAUAACCGUUUCUAUGAAGUAAAAUAAACUGAUAAAUGAAGAGGUUAACUAAUUUCCUAAGUUCCUUUCUUUCACCUCUAUUUCCAUCAAACUGACAGUGAUAGACACAAAGUAUGGCGAAGUAUAAGGGCAAUUGUUUAAUGGUGGCCUUCAUGAUGGAGUUAAUAAGUUUUCUUUAACAUCAUUACUUGUUAUAGAAUUUUCAUAGAGACUUAGAAGAUGAGGAUGAAGCAUACAAUUCAUUGAGGUCAUCUGAGAGGAAAUCAUUCUCCAAGCAGCUGGAUAUUUUACAGUAAGCUAAUUUUAUAGCUUAACUCGUUUCUUUCAUGCCAAGUCGGUGGGUUAAAGCUAAAAGCUCUAAUCUCCUACUCCUAUGAAGUCUAGAGGGUGUUACAUGUGAAAACAGGUCCAGCAAAAUUCUUAUAGUGAGAUGAAUUAUCCACUUAAUAAAGUCUGAGAAGAACUUUUGAAAAAAUGAUCUGAAAAGCAUUUGAUCUUCUAUGAUGCACUGGUCACGAGAGGCAGCAACAGUAAUAAUGUCAGUUUCAGCAACAAUAGACAAAAACAGCAUCAAUAAGGAACAAAAGUCAGUCAAAGAAUCGAAGUCCUGUCAAUUCAAUUUGUGUACCCUCUUCAGCAGGCUAAGACCCCAAUCUCAUAUGCUGUCCUAUGUUUUAUCUCUAACAGGGAAACCAAUAAAAGACUAUGUGACAGCAAUGAUGACUUGCGUGCAGCUCUUGAGGUGUGCGUCUCUGCUAUCUGUUUUUAGAACUGAUUCCUGAUUUAAAAUGUCUAUAAUUUUGUUUUGAAAAUAUUACGACUUCACGACAUAUUGAAUACAAUUUAGAAGGCCGGCAUAUUGAUGUAGAUGAAGAUAGCUUUAACAACAAUUAUAACAACGUAAAUACAUUGCCUUUGAUAUUAUGAGGCAGUUUAAAAUGAGAGAGGUAAAGCGCACGGGUUGAAGUAGGGAUUAAUUUUCUCUUCGAUAGCGUUUUCCGAGCUUGAUACGCCUCACUAAGAACUUUUUAAAAAAUUGAUGGAGCUCACAGAUUGCCAAAUGAAGCUGUAGCAUUUCCUGAUAAAUGUAUGUGCUUAAUAAGGUCUUCAGUACAUGACUUUUGAUUUUGCCAACAAAUUUAUUUUGGUUGUAGGCGUUAACAGGAAGAAGGUCAUUAAAGUUAUCUAAGGUAACUGGCUACAUCUAGUAACACGUUUAUUUUCUUCAGUAUUUAAGUCUAAUGUUAGGUGAUAUAGUGCGAUCUCAGGUGAGUUGGUCAAAUAAAAUUAAGUAAACUAACAAGAGAAUUGUAACAUUUUUGGCUCCAUGUUUGUACUAAGUGCAUUAGUGGAAUGAAAAUUUGCAGACGUUAGAAAUGAAUAUCAGAUUAUUACAGUAAAAAGUCUCAGCAGUUUGCGUUAGUACAGUUUCAAAGUGCUCAGGUGUGUUGAGGUUAAAGUAUAUUUUUUUGAUAUCAGGCGCGAAGAAGUGGUGAGAAAUGUCAUAGGAAUCCCAGCAUUCAUAGUGAUUAUGGCUCCAUUUCCAGUCGCAGUAUUACUCCCAACCAGUGAGUGUUCUUGUUACUUUAGGUGUAGUUAUCUGCCUGACGACCUUCGUUUAGCAACGGCAGUAUUGUUUAGUAUGCCGUUAUGCUGGUCAGGAAUUUUUCUUUAGUACUAAAUCAACUUUUAACUGAGUUGAUUAAGUAGGGGAUCGAUUGUUACUGUUGUCACUGUAUAGUUUAUCCUGGUGUAAUGCCUAGCUGUAUUUGAUCGUGAUGUUGUACCCAUGUGUAGUUUAUCGUCGUCUUUCGCCCAUGGAAAGUUGAUUCUGGUGUUUGGCCCAUGCGUAUUUAAUCCUUUUGUGUUGCCUAUGUAAGUUGAUCCUCGUGUUGCUCCGAUGUUUAGUCUGCAGGGACCAAAAUCGGAGGAUGAUGUUGCCGAUGGUGCUGAAGCUGAAGAACCUGGCGAGUUGUCUGGAUACGAACCCGAGUCUGACGUGAACACCAUGACGGUAUUUAGCGUUUCAUAUCUGCAACUGAGCAACUCCUGUCACGCUUGGACAAUCAGUUUGACAGUACUUAGGUUUACUUCACUGCUAGACAAUUAGGCGGAUAGUUACAUGAACGGUAUUUGCGUGAGUAAAUUCGGAGUUUGUGGGAGAAUUGUUACAGGGAAGGCAGGGUGCUAAUCAGAAUGUUCCUACAAGCAAACUGGUGGGACGAGUUGAUACAGCUCAGGAUAUUGCCCCCUUUAUCACGACGAUGGCUGCAAUUUGUUCGUCUUUAGAGCAACCCCUUCAUCGAACCGUAAAAAUAGUGUAAAAAAUUAUUCCUAUUGCUGUACUUUGAAUGAUGAUUCGUACAUAAACCAAUUAAACGAAUAACAAUGACUAAAUAAAUAAAUCAAAAUCAAAUAUGAUAAUAAAUUCAUGAUACUUAUAUAAACAAAUAGAUAACAAUAGAUAAAUUUAAGAUUUCAUCAAGGGAGGAGAUUUAAAACUGCACUGACUUAUGCUUGGCUUAAACAGAUUUAGCGGAAAUUAAGUUGCUUGAGUUUUAAAUUAAACGUAAUAGUAAAGUCCCUUGUAAUUAAACGUCCAGGUAAACGCUCGGCAUUUUGAAGAGGCUCCUAAGUUAUCCAAACUGACGGCCACUCCGCAUGAGCGUCACGUGGUACUUAAGGAACCCACUAGUGAUGUAAUGUGGGAAAGUGACUCAGAGAGCGACCCAGUCCCCGCCCAACCAACACUACACCAACAUGAACAACAGCAACAAGAACACCUGACGGCAAACGUUGAAACAAACGCAAACAAUAUCACACACUCUCCGUUCGUUCGAAAUAGUCUUACGAGAAAACCUUGUAGACAUAAAAGUCUUGAACAGUUAUUCAAUCAGUCAAACAGUAAAGGCGACCGAUCGGCCUGGCCGCCAAUAGCUCGAGCUGGUAAAUGGAACAGUAUGGAACAAGUGAAGAAAAGAAACGAUUUUAUUGGAGAGCGUACACUAUCACUACCCACUUCACGCUGGCAAAGCGACGAAAGAGUAAACCUAGGACAAGGGAUAGGCCUUUGGCAGCUAUCUGAAAAGCUUAACGUUUUGCGCGCCAGUAGGGAAAGUGUGGCAGAGCUAAAAAAUGAUGACUAUAAAGUAAAUGUUAUUGCUGCUUCUCACGAACCUGUCAUACAGAACUUCAAUACUGAUAAUCAAACAAUUUUUCAUGAUGAUUUAAGUCAGUUAGUAAGAAAGCCUUCCCUGAGGCAAAGGAUAUUCCACGACAAAAAGAUCGCCGAAACGCCUGAGGACGAAAGUACGCCGAUCCCGUGUGACUUUGCCGGAGGCUCUAGCUUAAAAAGGAGAAAUUCGCUGGUAAUAAAACGCAACAGAACCAAGGUAAAAAAUUUAAAAAGAUAAACUUUUCAACUUAAACAUUUAAAUUUAAAAGAUGAAAGAGAGCCCUCCUCUUAAAAUAAAACAGUGGCUGUCGAACAUAAAUAUAUUUUCUCGAGCCUAAACUUUGGACACGUAGCCUAAACCCAUAAUAAGUAUAUAAUAACGUAUGAAAAAUUAUGAGGGUAUUUUAAAUCUAAGCUUUAAUUGAGACAGAAUGGCAUCCUCCGCUGUUUUCAAGAUGAAACUUCAUGUAAAUAAGCGACUGUUAAACCAAAGAGCUAGAAAAGUUAAGUGCUCAAACAAGACUUUCUGAGAAACACAGAUUGAACUUUUACUCGGAAUGUAAAUUUUGAAUUCAACCUCUUUUUAGUUGCUAGACGAAUGGUCACGAGUGAAAGAGUAAACUCUGAUCCUUUUAUAUUAAAAGUUCGCGUCUCAGUAUUUAAGGAGUUAAAUUGGUGUGAUUUAUAAAACUUAACCAUUCGUACUCGAACUAAGCUUGAAUUGAAACCCACUGUAACUUAGAUUGAACUUAAACCCCGCGUUAUGAAAACGAUAAAGUGGUUUAAACCAAAACUUUUAAGUCAGUGAAGGCUAAGUUCAAUAAUAAAACUAUAAAAGCUAUAAUCACUCUUUGUUCACUUAGUGCACUUUAUGUUUUCAGUUUAUGCGUGAAUGACCCAGAGACGUAUUUUAUUGCUGUUUAUGAUAAAUCAUGUUAGUUUUUUUAAAGGUGCAGUGUAAAUGGAACUUCACCAAUCUCUUCUGAUAGUUGAUUUAAAAUAAUUAUAAUGAUAAACCUAACAGACCUGCUGGUUGUUGAUCGUUCAACAGACGGACUCUCUUCCUGAAUCUGAUAACAGCAAGCCUGAUACAUUCAGCGCAGAACUUGAAGCUCAGGUGAAAAAAGCUAAUACUAUGGUCAUUUGCUUUUGACUACUUGUAAAAUUCUUGCUGUCAGCAGCCACCGUAAAUCGUUAUUAAAGAGGAUUACUUUUCAAACACCAGUAGAUUUUGAUGUUUAAGUUUCGUGUUGUCCACUCGCGGCCAGCUUUCCGAGACCGUAGGACAUGAUACGCCCCACAAUCCACUGCUGGCGGGAUUUAACAGCAUAUGAUAACCAGAGGUCGAAGAAGUUUUAAUUAUGCUUUAAAUGCAUGUAUCUUAAUUUGGCACUGCUAAACAUAACACCUAUUAACUGCACGUAAUUUUGCUUUUCACAUCAAUAAUGAAAAAAAAAACUGAGUUCCAAACUAGCUGCAGUUGUUGCAGCGAAAAGCAUGACAAUUGAUGUUAUGGCUUUACAAAACACCCUACUCUACAUGAUGUAAAAAAACCCUGAUCAAACAGGAAAAAUGAACAGAACUUGAAGGCGAAGAGUUAAUCGUGAUCAUUGGAACAAUAAAAAUAAUUUAAAUAACAUUGAUUUAACCCGUGUAACUGCACCCUGAUUAAUUGUCAUUCACUUGCUUGAUUAAACACUGAAAUUGACAUCAAACAGCUAAGCCUUGAACGAAAAGUAGUCCUUCACUUUUAUUAUUAUUUUUGUUAUUUUCAUCAUUGCCUUUAUCAUUGAUACUAUUGUUAUUACUUUAUCGUCAUUGUUGUGAUAAAUAAUAUUACUAUCAUUAUACAGUUUAAAAGUGUAAUCGAAGAAGAUGAUGAAGACAUUGAUGAAGAUGACGUAGGAGACGAGGAAUUAGCUCAGUUAGUUGCCAUGGCAAGAGCUAAUACAGAGUCUGAAGAUGAUAGUGAGACGGAAGCAGAAGCGCCCGAGGGGGAGAGGGGUGCAGCUGUUGGUUCAGACUCUUUGUCUGAGGCAUCCUCAAAUACGCCACUGCAUGUAAGUACAUAACAGCACGUUAGUGCCACAUAUCACAUCAGUCUUGCAUAUCACGUUCGUACCACAUAUCACAUUAGUAUCGCAUCUCACGUGGGUACCACAUAUCGCAUUUAAUUUAGUGCCUCAUAUCACGUUGGUAUCGAACAUCAUUAGUACCCCAUAUCACGUAUAUAUCGCAUAUCACGCAAAUAGCAAAUGUCACAUUUUGUACUGAUAUCACUCAACUCCCACAUAUCACGUUAGUACUUAUAUGACGUAAGUACCGCAUAUCACAUUAGUACUGCUAUCACGUUAUUGCCACAUAUCACGUUAGUACCUCAUAUCACAUUAGCACUGAUAUCACGUCAUUACCACAUAUCACGUCAGUACCACAUAUCACAUUAGAACCUCAUUUUACGUAUCAGAUGUCUAAGUCUCGCAAGUAUCACAUAUCCUCACGUGACGCGAUAGAUGACUAGUUUGAAUUCUUUUCACCCCUUUCCCCCCCCGCCCUACUCCCCUUCCAUGGGCUUAGCAAAUGCCCGAGUAAUGGGUGGUACGUCUUAGACCAAACAAUUAAGUACAACAAGAAAUGUGCGUGAAUACCUUUACACUAAAUUUUAUGGGAAUUUUUUUGAUCGUCGAUUAUUUUUUUUAAUAGUUAUCUCCUAUGAUAGUGUUCAGUGUUUCAUCCAGUGGUUUAUCUUUUUCUGUUGAAGGCAUCAGUAGCAGAGAGUAAUGUUCCAGAGCGCAUGUAUAAACUGGUUUUAGCGGGAGACGCGGCAGUUGGCAAAUCAAGCUUCAUACUCAGACUCUGUAGGAACAGAUUCCACAGCGCGCUGAAUUCCACGCUCGGUAUGUAACUCGAUUUCGACUGCGGUUUGUUUACACGAGACUGUUUAAACACGCUCAGGUAUAGCGUGCACGCGGUCAGAUGCCGUGGAAAAGCUGUAGUGGUUUACAUUCGUUCAGCCAAAGCAAAACAAACCUCCUAAAUAACGUGUUUUUCUGUGAUGAUCGGUAAUUUUUAUAGUGAAGAUGAUAUUCAUGAAGGCUCUGUGUUCCCUUACUUCAGGCGUGGAUUUUCAGAUGAAAACGCUGGUUGUGGAUGACAAAACCAUUGCAUUUCAAUUAUGGGAUACUGCUGGCCAAGAAAGGUAAUUUUUUGGACGUAACGUGUUUUAAGGUGUCCGCAUCCGGCUCAAAAUUCUUGCACGAUUGGUGUCCAUCGGUGAAGUGGAAUCGAGGCUAAUCUAGCGAAUUUCCUUUACGUGAUACGUAACAUGUCAAACUCCGGUCGACUGUGGCUGCUAAAAUGUUCUUCUGACUAAGGAUGCGGUUUAUGCGUCGAUUGGGCUUCUAUUGGGUUUCCAUUGGGCUUCUCGGCCAAAGGAAUCUUAAAAAACCUGUGCCUUGCUCACAGAUUUGUCUCAGUUUAGUUCAGACGAAUUGAAAGACCUCUGCCAUGUUUAAGUUUCAGUAGGAACUUAAAUACCAUAAAAGGCAGUUUUGAAAUAUCUCUCUGCUAAUUUAUCUAAGUUCUAGUUUAUUUAAACUGUUGUUUAAUUCUAUAAAUUUUUGGUGUUCUCUUUCGUCGGAGGACCCCCUGAAAACCACCUAGAGUGAUGGAGGCCUGCUCUUGAAAUAUGUAUUUUACUAUUAUUAUCAUUAUUAUAGGUUCCGAAGUAUCGCCAAGUCUUACUUCCGCAAAGCUGACGGUGUGUUAUUGCUCUAUGACGUCACUUGUGAAACAUCCUUCAUUAAUGUUCGUGAUUGGGUGGAAGCUAUAGAGGUAAAUAUUCCCUAACUGGUUAUUGCCCAUAAAUGGCUUCGUCGCUUAUCUUAAUUUUCCCAUUAAACUGAUUUUAAAUCAUUUCAGGAAAGCACAUCCAAACCGAUUCCCAUCAUGCUGUGUGGUAACAAGACUGAUUUGCGCCAGUCGUAUAUUGCUGAAGGAAAGACCGUUAUAACAGAGGAAAAUGGGGAGAAAUUAGCAAGAGUGAGUUAUCGAAAUUGAGGUCUCUAUAGGGUAUGGGUUACCAAGCUGUAUCGGUAAACGUUUCUGUCUGGUGACCUAUAUCAAUGGCCUGCAGAUGAUUUUCAUGCUGCAGUGAAAUUAACCAACGGUUUCGUUAGAGCACUUAACGCUGCUAACGCGUUACUCCUUUAACACUGCAGCAAGAGUGAAAUCACUGGGAAAAAAAAACAAAGCAAAACAUAACAAAACAAAACGAAAAGCGAAAAAACGCCUUCUACUUUCACUUAAAUUAAAUGACUGUAUUCUUUUCCAUGUUAACAGGAAUAUGGUGCUCUGUUCACCGAAACAAGUUCAAAAGAAAACAAGAAUAUAACAGAUGCUUGUAUUGAGCUGGGAAGGUAAGAAAAACUUCGCUGUUUGGUCAAAAAACUAAUCAACUGACUUUUCACAUCAACCAAAGUCGGUGACUUUGUUUAACUGACUGUAUAGUUGAGUAUAUGAACUAUCAUUCCAUGAACGCGCGUUGAAUAUUUAACAAAUAGAUUCCAAGUUGCCGUGCGUCUGUUCAGUAAUAGAUCACAGAUGACGUCAAAAUAUGGUAAGAACAAAAAAAUGGCACACGAGGCGCAGCCAAGUGUGUCACUGAUGUUCUUACCACAUUUUGACGUCCUCUGUGAUCUAUUACUGAACAGACGCACGGCAACUUGGAAUCUAUUUGUUUUAUAAAAUAAAGAAUUUAAAAAAGUUUCAAUGAUGACAUCAUCUAUACGUCUGUCCUCCAAUAGAUCAUAAGUGAGAACCAAUCAGAAUGCGUGCAUAACUGAGCUUAUUAUAUAAAAGAUAAUUGAUGGCCAUUUAAAACGCCCCAAAAUAUAGAUAAUUGAUGGCCAUUUAAAACGCCCAAAAAUAUAGAUAAUUAUGCCAAACUUUGUUUUGUAAGAACAAACGGAAUGUUACAAUGUACAAAAACACUUCCGGUUAAACUUUGCUUCCAUGCGCCUAAUGGCUAAGCCUAUGAAGACUCUUGAAUUACGUUAUCUAAUGAUCCAGUUUUUCAUAACGUGAAUCAAAUGCCAAGUUCUGCAAACUUACAAACCUUUGCCUGAAACGCCAACCUGAUACUGUUUAGCAACAAUCGUUUGUUAAGAAUCACAUUUGGUUGUUUUCGUUUAUUCGUCCUAGAUUGCUAAGGAAAAUUGAGGAUACAGAAGUGGAACAAAGCAAUGGGUUGACACUGAAAGAAGGGGACGAGAAAAGCAAGAAGAAAUCCUGUUGCCUCACAUAGCCAGUGCAUGGAUUGGCAGCGAAACCACAGCGACCGAGAUAUGUCAAUAUGAAGAAACUUUGAAUUUUAUUUAUUUCAUAUUGUUAGCUUUUCAAAGAAGCCAUACAAUAUAUUGAACCGUGUCUUACCUGUGAGAUAAUUAGUUUUAAAGUAUAUAUCGUCGUUAAUGUGCACUGUAAAUAACUCGUAUUUAAAAGAAUUUGAAUUGGAAUUUUUUUAAUGUGCAAUGGGAUGACGUCUUAUCAUACCAUGUAUGUAAAAAUUUAUCAACAUUUUUUCUUAGCAUCAAUAUUAACUUAUUUGAAUCACGUCUCAUUGUAGUGAAAUGAGUAAUAUAGGAUUAAUAGCAUAGCCAGCAUCACGAUAUUGUCAUUUUUUAGCAGGAAAUAUUUUGUAAAUACUUAUGACGUUACAUACAAAUACCCAAUUGUUUUCUGAUUUUCCCAUUUUUUACGCCUGUCUUGUUUUCCAUACAGUUGCAUAAACUGUGAGGAAUGAAUGUGAAGCUUAUGUGAGAAAAGAAAAUAGGACGUGUUCAAUUCAGUACAACUCGUUCAAAACGGUUGACAACGACUGCAGUUGAUUGUAAUUGCUAUUUGUGGAGUGUACACUCUGAGCAGUCCCUACUUCUCGGUGAGGCAUUCGCGCGAGUCAAAAACAAAUCAUUGAAGGAAAAAAAAAUGCCAGCGAGCCGCGCGAAACUCUGGGAGUGAGACGCACGAAAAGUAAGGACGCCACUUUUUUUACCGCCUCACUCCCAGAGUUCCGCGCGGCGCACCAACAGCAAUAGUUCUUCUCCCGAUUUUUUUCUUUUGACUCGCACGACGGACCUCGCCCGUACUUAGCAAAGUUUGGUUUACAACUUUACCCACUCAGCAACAUUCCAUAGUAGGACGCAACUUUGCUUUUCUGUAUUCGUUUCAUAUUACGUUAUGUUCGAGUUGUGCCGAGGAAACGCGUUUGGCAAAGGAAGCUGGUAUUCCUGUAGUUAAAACAGGCUAUUGAACAUGGUGGCACGUUGCCGUAGUUACUCAUACGUUUGUACUUUUACAAGUUUUUAUUUAAGCACACUGAAUGGUCGUUCGCGUCGGUAGUCGAUAAAAAUCGUAAUUAUUACUAUUUUGUACAUAAAUUUUAUGGUC